AUGCCCCACCGCGAUUCCUUUUGCCCCCCCUGUCUCCUCGACUUCCCCAGCUCUGACGCCCUCUACGACCAUUUUGCAUCUGCGGACGAGUCCCUGCAUCCAAAAUGUCCUUCGUGUGCAGCCGCCUUCGUCAACGUGCUCGCGCUCUGGAAGCACCAAGGCUCCGUCCAUCGCCGACACACGCAUACAGUCGCGUCCGGCGCGAUCCCUCGCGCGCAGCGCGCCGACCCGAGCAGGAUGCUCAUGUCGCGCGCCGAGGCCGUCAUGCUGCCCAUCCGCGUUCCCCGCGAUCCCCUUAUUCCCUCAUGA